AAGAUGUUGUCUACUGUGCUUUAACUGAUUGAGUUCAUUCUUGCUUUGCUCAUAAUUGCAUCAACCCUCCACACAUCCACAUCCUACACGUCCACACGUCCACACUUCGUUUCUCCAUAUAAAACCAUCACGCAUUCUCUGAUGCCGAUCCCCCAUCUACCACACUUAGCCAUGUUCUUCACUCCCACCCCCCGAGUUCAUCUUCCAAAGCUGCCAUUGGAAAACAUGGAGGCUCUUGCGGCCAACCGCCUGACCUGGAUUGCAGGAUAUGACGUUGAAAAACUUGACUGGGUCACCUUCUCGGGUUUGGAUCCCGAUAUUUCUGAGUAUGAUCAAGACGCGUGGAGAAACCUGGUCAAAAGCCAACGCACCCAGGAUCUUAUACAGUCCAUAGUGGAUACUACUGUAUGUUCUGGAGGUAGUCCAGAGCUAGCGCAAGUUCGGCAAGGCAUGAAUGUCCUUCUCCAGGGAUCGUCAGGAACAGGAAAGAAGACAGCAGCUUAUGCUAUCUGCAAUAUCCUCAGACGACCUAUGCUUAGCAUAUAUGCUCAUGACAUUCCGUACGUUUCCAAGGUGGGGCCGUGGGCUGCUAAGUUAGCAUCGCUUGCAAUAAAGUGGAACGCAGUGGUCUUCGUAGAACGCGCAUAUUAUUUCUUGAGGUCUAGUAGUCCAGGCCUUCGAGCUCGCAUCAACAUCGUUCUCCAGGAAUUUGAGUCUCCUGGAUGUAUCUGUUUGUGGCCGUCAGUAUUGACAAACCAACAACAAAAACAACUGAGGCCAUUUUUCGCCGCUUUCAAUUUCCCCGACCUCGAUAGGGCAGCCCGGCGUCAACGUUGGCUCCAACUCUUCAGGAAAGAUGAAAGCGCUGCAACUUCAUCCGGCAGUGAAGACACACUCGACUCCUCUAGCGCGAGAGACAUGGAAUCCUUGACUUUCCUCCGCGAGAUCGAGAAAAUUUCCUGGUACAAACUCGAUGGGACGGAAAUCGAAGAAUUUAUGAAUUGGGCACGAGACAUGGCUCACUAUACGGGGGAAGAUCCAUCCCCUUACCACUUAGAGGCAUCUAUCAAGGCCAUGGGGGUGCGCCUUUCUUUACGGCGCAAGUUCGCCCGGUUUUUGGCGCUUCGUGCAAUGGAUCAGCUCGAGUUACCGGCCAAGUUUUCAAGAACAAAGUGAGGACGUGGUGCCUAUUUGCAUAGUGCUUGCUCCCUUUUAAUCCCCAUACCUGUAUGCCGUUUGCCCCAUGAUUCUGAAAUCAAACAAGUAACCUGGGU